GUAUUUCGAUAUUCGAUAUUCGAUUAUUGUUUUUAUAUGUGAUACGUUUAGUGCGAAUCUUCGUUCGGACAGCUUUAGUUACCGUUAUCGCAUAUGCUUGAUAUUUAGAGCCUAGCGAGUUUUGCUUCGAUAUUCGAUAUUCGAUUACUCAGGAAACACAAGGCGAACAUUAGACGGAGAGAACGUGUCAAAUGCAGCCCAAGGCAAACGUGACAAAAUCAGCAAACAUUCUACAUAGAUAAAACAAAAAUGAGUUUGAUUAAUGCCAAAUACGGACAAGGCGAGCUCUGAACUUGAUCUUGAGACAGCCUCCAACUCAGAGGCGGACUGCGACCAGUUUUCCUAGCCGGCUUGCAUUGAGCUUGAGUCGGCGUUCACUUUUGCAAUUAGCUGCAGUCUGCUGCAGUUCUCUCUAGUUGCUAUAAAAGCAGCACUCGAGUCACCAAUUGACGACAGUUGUGAAUCACUUGCUCAGCUUGACAAAUCCUCCAAAGCCCAAACAACAAAAUCCCAUACAAAAUGUUCAAAGUUCUGUUCGUACUCAUCGCUUGCGCCGCUAUUCAGGCCUAUGCCCUUCCCGGUGUGGUGGCUGUUGCUCCAGUGGUGCAUACACCUGUUGUCGCUGCGCACCCCGCUGUGGUGCAUUCACCUAUCAUUCAUCACGGCGCCCACUCGGUGCACUCCCAUGUUGUGCAUCAUCCCGCCGCUGUGAGGGUGGUGCAUCCUGUCGUCGCCAAGCCUGUGGUCGCUGUGCAUGCCGUGAAGCCCAUUGUGCCUCUUGUACCAGUGCAUCAUGCUGCUCCCGCUGUUGUGGUACACCAUUAGAGAGCUUUCCCGAUUCCCGAUACCCGCUCCUAAGCCCCACCCCAUCCCCCAAUCAAUCCCAAUCCCAAUUCCAAUCCCAAUUCCAUUUCCACAAUAAAGGU